AUGGAGAGAAACUAUUUUGAGAUGAUGGAGAGAGACUUGAAAGUAAUAUGGUCGCCCUUGAGAGAUUCGAAGACGCACUCCCAUAAAUCAUCCGCUAAAUAUGAACAUGGUUCAACCAAUUUUCUUCUUGCCGCCAUUGUUACUGUUCUUCUUUUUGAAAGAUUGGAUAUCGAUGACGUUGCCGCAAUUGUUAUUGCUGGGGAUGGGGACUCCGCCGCCAUUGUUACUUGUUACUGCACCCUCAAGUUCGACGGUGCAUCCAGUGGAAAUCCUGGAAAAUCUGGUGCAGGAGUUGUACUGCAUUCUGGGAAUGAGGUCCAACGCUUCGGUCGAGGACUGAGCACUCAAAUAAAUAAUUCUGCUGAGUAUCAAGGUUUAAUUUUGGGAUUGAAAGAAGCCGGCGAUUCCAAGCUUGUCUGCGAGCAGUUUGUGGGUAAUUGGAAAGUCAACAACCCGAAUUUAAGGGACCUACCUAAUGAGGCUUUGUACUUGAAGGAUAACCUCAAGUCAGUCGGUGUUCAACAUGUUUCUAGGGGUUCUAACAAAGAAGCUGAUGCUCAAGCAAGUUGGGGCAAAAACCGUGAAGAUGAUUUUGACUCCAACACAUUUAGAAAUUGGUUCAUCAUGGAUCAAAACUCAUGGAUCAAAGGUACUAUUGUUUUCCUUAUGUAUAUACUUUUCCUCCGACACGAACCUGUCAAUGUUCCAAAUUCUAUUAUCUUAAGUAUUGUUGCAGUGGCAGGAGUAAAAUGGGUAAUCAGAGCAGACAAGGAUAGGAAGACCAAAUUCUGUUGUGUUCAGCCUAAUGGAUCUAUUGGUGCUAAAGUUCAGGUCAUAGAGAAGACAAAGGAUCACUUUUUCUGUGGAUUGGCACUGUCAAGUUAUCUUAGUAGUGUGUACAGAUAA